AUGGACGACUACGACUUUAUGCAGCAUUACACAACAUGGCCAGUUGACGCUCCCGACGCGAUCACCUGGAUGACAGCCACGCACGACAAUGAAAAAACACCACUCGGAAGCCUCCUCUUCAGCACGUCGGAAUCGCUAGGGCCACCUUCCACUCCACCUUCAUGGGACUCUGGAUAUGGGAGCAUGGAACCCGCAGAUCUGCCUUCGGUUCUAAUUGAGUUACAGCCGGAGGAAACCCAAGUAACAUCCCCUGCACCUGAGCCUUCUCCGCCGGGCAUCAGAAAUACCAAGCCCCAAAAUGCCAAAACGAAACCGAGAUAUGUUUGUCCUGUUCCAAGCUGUCGACGUGAAUAUGUUCGCAAGUCCUACUAUGACAGUCACAUAAAGUCAAAACACCCCGACUAUAAAUUGAUUGUCGAGACAGAUCCAACAUUCCCGCAGUCUCUCGAUGCUGAGCCCAAGAAAGAUUCGCCAGACCAGAGGGAUUUGGGCACAGAAUACUCUACUCCUGAAGAGCAUUCUCCAAAGCCACCGUAA